GGGAGGCGCUGAAUUUUCGAAGUCACUUGGAGUCAAACUAGUGUUGAAUACAUCGAACAUGCAAAAGGUACGGUCUAUGUGGAAAUGGAGCAGGUGAAAGAAGAAUACUACCUUGAAGUUAAAGGCAGCACUAUGAUCAGUAACCUAUAACCCUCCCAUGAAGAACAGCUGUAGAGGACAAUCCCAGACAGUAGCAGAGGAUGGAACAAGCCUUUCCCAGCCUCGAUACUUCAAGUCCAAUCAAACCUAACCCAGGAGAAUUCCAGCUCAGGGUGGAAUUCUUUAGGAAGUUGGGCUACUCAACCAUGGAGGUACGGGCCGCCCUCAUGAAACUAGGCCUGGGUACUGAUACCAACUCUGUACUGGGGGAGCUUGUCCACAGCGGUGCCAGUGCUGUCAUCUCAACCUCCAGCAGCCUUGAGAGUGGUGAAGAUACUACAAGUCCAAUAGGCUUAAGCAAGUCCUCUAGGAACCAGGGUCCCCCCAGAGACAGCCCAGUCUCAUCACUGGAAGACAGGAGAGACACAGACACUGGUCUGAAACCUAUCAUCAUUGACGGCAGCAAUGUGGCCAUGAGUCACGGGAACAAGGAAGUUUUCUCAUGUAGGGGAAUUGAGUUGGCAGUGAACUACUUCCUGGAUAGAGGUCACUCAACCAUUACUGUCUUUGUGCCAUCCUGGCGCAAGGAGCAGCCAAGACCUGAUGUCCCUAUCACAGAGCAAAAUCUCCUGUUGGACCUGGAAAAGAAGAAGAUUGUGGUCUUCACUCCUUCUAGACGUGUUGGUGGGAAACGGGUGGUCUGCUAUGAUGAUCGUUUCAUUGUGAAAUUGGCCUAUGAGUCAGAUGGAGUGAUUGUGUCAAACGACACCUACCGAGACCUGCAGGCAGAGCGUCCGGAGUGGAAGCGCUGUAUUGAGGAGAGGCUUCUCAUGUACUCCUUCGUCAAUGACAAAUUCAUGCCCCCGGAUGACCCGCUUGGUCGACGUGGUCCAAGUCUUGACAAUUUCCUCAGGAAGAGACCUCUACUCCCAGAACACAAGCGCCAGCCCUGUCCUUAUGGUAAAAAGUGCACUUACGGUGUGAAGUGUAAAUUCUACCACCCUGAGCGCACACAACAAUCCCACCGAUCAUUGGCUGAUGAGCUCAGGGAGAAAGCCAGGCUCUCCUCUGUGAAAGAGGGCCGAAUUCCAAACUCGUCAACCCAUACGGCCCCCCUAUUGGACCCUGGACAGUUUCCCGCCACAUCAGUGGAUUAUGAUCUGGAGCGCAUGUCACUGGAGCAGCCUGCUUCCCCAGGCGGUGGCCACAAGGGUAUUGAGAACACCUCGCUUUGCUGGGAUAUUCAAGGCUCCAGUAGGAAUCAACAUCACCAUAGCCACAGAGCAUCAGGCUGUGUGCCCAGUAUGCCAUCCCCCUCCACUGCUUCUGAGAUCCCCUAUGCCAGCGUUCCAUAUGAAUGCCUGGACUCUGGUUUCGACUCUUAUGACAGCCAAAGCCAGUACUCUAACAUCUCCAGGGGCCACAGCAAGGCCUUCAGGCCCAGGCAGCAACAGCAGGGCUUCCCGUCUGAUUCCAGACAUGCAGGCAUGCAUCCAGAGAGGGUGCCCCAGGAAAGCCCCCAGACAUGCAGGUGUUUUCAUUUGGCUUUGUCCGCCGCGCCACAGAAGCAGGAUCACUAUGGCAACUCGCAGCUUAAGUCCCUCUCCCAAUCUCAGCCAAGGUAUGACACGUUUUCGCCCCCUCUGUACCCAGCCAACAUGAACCACCAGCACCACUAUAGCCUCCCCUCUAACUUCCAGCAAGGUGGGGUGGGGGGCCAACAGUCCCACCUCCAUCAGCACCCCCAGAAGUACUGGUCAGAUCCCUUCUAUGGUGAGAUCCACCAGGCCAGGGCAUCUUAUAGCCUCCCCUGUGGCCCCCAGCACCAUCACCUCCCCCAUAAUCCAAGGAGCUCCUCUUAUGGGAAGCCCCAGUCAUGGCCCCAACCAACUCCACCUACCUUUGACCCAGAGCGAGAGGAGCUUCGUAAGAAACUGCAGGCCAUCUUCAACCCCCACCAGGUGGACACCGUCAUGGGCAUGUUCCCUCACCUGAUGGAUGCCCAGAAGCUGGCUGCAGAGAUCCUUAACCUCAAAUCUCAGGGAGUGUCCUUCUGAUGCCUUAAUGAAGCUCCUUCAUGUGGCUGAUACAAGAUUGAGAUCAGGUUGGAGCACUAACUUCCAUGGAAAUCAUUUGUUCAUGUUAAUAAGUGACUUGUGUGCCAAAGUGCAUUGGGUAAUUAUUCUCUGUUGAUUUAACCUUCCUAAUUUAUGGUGAUAAUUUGAACUGUUUAGCAAAAGGGCUCAAAUACAUGUUAUUUCCGUGGUCCUUCUUUAGGAAUAUCGUACUUUGUAUGGUUUAUGUUAAUCCAUGUCGGGUAGUUUGGGAUUCUGAAGAGUAGGGUUGUUUAACUGGAGUUUUUGGGGGUGUUGACUUUAUUUAAAGUUGUAUACUGUACAUCUUUAGGACAGUGUAAGCAAAUGGCUCUUGUAUCACCGUGUAAUCAAGUGCAAUAUUGAUAUGGGAUAUAUUUGCUCUAGACAUUACCACAAGAAAAGUGGUCUAGUUGUAGAGACUGUUUCAGUGUUGAUGCAUAUUGUAUCAUUUGGGAUAUACUAAUGCUGUUUUUCUAAAAAUCAGUGCCCAAGUAGUAAUAAAUGACUGGCCAUGUCUAAAAUGGCACCUUUACCCAGCAUGCUUUGUAACUGUACAUUGCAGUUCUGAUGGCCAUAGUAUCCUGUGAUGGACAAAUGUUCAGUAUGCCAUCUGUCAUUGUAGUAUGAAAUGCAAUGGCAAACCUACUUGUGUCCAUGUACUGCAGAGCAACAUCCAAAGAACAUCUAACACUAGAUUAUAUUCUUCUUACCUAGAGUAUCAGACAAAGAACCUGCCAAAGAAACGUAUUGAAAGUUGGAAAAGCACUUUAUGUAAUUGGUCCAUUGUGAUCUAAUAUGGUGAAGUUCUCAGCAUUGUAUAAAUGGAUAUACAACAAUUUUGUCUUUUGUUAACAUGUACUGUAAUAAUUACAAUAUGUUCUGUGAGGGUCUUUGGAAUCACCAAAGAUUAGGUACAUCCAAUAGAUCUUCCAAAAUGUUUGUGAUACUAUCAUUAUGUACAAUGAUUCAUUGUUGAUUUUAAGUGACAUAUUUUAAAUGCAUAUUUAAGUUCUUAUGGACAUUGUGGGUAGAGUUGUCCUUUUGCACACCUUUUGGUAACAUUUCCAGAAUUCCAGAUGUUCUUGCUAAUGCCUUGCUGACUUCAGGAGUCCUCCAGGUUUUUGUGGUAACCUGGAUAUUUAUUGGAAGUUUCCAGAAAUGUGCAACCCUAGAAUUAGAUAUUGAAAAUUUUGAGGUAAUUAUUAGGUUUUUACAUUUUAUGGCCAUAUAACUACACCAGUUAUUGUGUACUCUUAUAUACUUUGUUUCGAAGUAGGUUUAGACUAGAAGUAGAUUCCAUGCCAAAUAAUAUAUGUUCCAAAUAUUUCCCUACCCCUAGUAUUUCCCGAAAUAUAUAGGAUAGUGUUUUAGCUGUUGUCGGCUGGACAUGGGAUUUAUACCCUUGUAACUUAGUAGUUAUUUUUACACUUAACCACAGCUUUUGAGUGUUGUGAAAUUAUUUUACAAUGAAAUGAAAACUUGAAAAUACAAAAUUUUGUCUCUAUUGUAAAGUCUCAGCAUGGAUACAAAUAAAAUGUUACUUCAGUUAUUUUCAGUAUUGAUUUUGAUAUAUAGUUCUUAUAUACAGUAGUAGUUUCAUGCUUUUCACAAGGCUUUUUGUAUCUAAAAAAAAAAGAAAUAGAAAGCUUCAAAUUGCACCAACUCUGUAUGUUGUUUUCUAGAGAACCUCAUCUUUCACAAAAACAUAUUAAUGUUGUUAAUGUAUGGUAGAUGGUGAAGAACAGGGUACCUACAUUUAUUAUUGAGGAAUACCCAGGCUCAACUUUACUUUGUGCAACUGUGUUUCAACUUUAGCCUUAAUACUGGAUUUGACUAGACUGUAGUUCAGAAACCACUCCAGUUUGAUCAGCAAUCCCAUGGCCUCUUCAAGGCCCCGUGACUGCUUUUCAUUCAGCGCUGUGUAAUCUGAGCAUUAAUAAUUACAAUGUGAAUGUACGUUUCAUUGGAAGUGGAUGUGCCUAGAUAAUGAGAACAA